AUACAGAAUUAAUAACACUUUAUUUUAACAUUACUUGACUUUUGUUUGAGAUGUGUUUUAUAACGGGACAAUGUGACUAACUCGCGCAGCAAUUCAGGCCAGCAAAACCCGGAUGUGACUGUUACCAUGACAACAGCCCGAGCAAAGUCAACUACAGGUUGCUGCUUUUUAGAAGAGAGAAAUGGCUGCAAACACCGGUUUGGAAAAGCUAGACGUCGGUGCCUUAAGCCCGGAACAGCAAGAAAAACUCCGACAAUUCAAGAUAAAAACUAGAAUCUCCAAUGAAAAAUACUUGAGAGCUCACCCAGAAGUGGAAGUUUUGCUGAGCGAAUUUUUAAGAAGCCUGUUCUUUACAAGGCCAGUUGAUAUUUGCGAGUUUGCCGCAGAUUACUUCACGGAUCCAAAUCUGCCAAGGACAGUCCGUACCAAACUUCAAGAUAAUCUUGAAUAAUUCAUUUGAAUAAAUACCCAAUAUUGAAAAUAUAGUUCAGUGUGAUUAUCAAGAAUGUGGGCUCUCUGAAGCAUAUAUAGAUACUGCUUUGUCAAACUUUUAUUGCAAGAAAAUAUUAGAAACAAAACAAAUAUGACUGACUGGUUUUCAGUAGUGUAUAGCUUGCAGUAACAUUAUUUAGCCACAAAGAUAGAAAUUAUUGGUUUGAAUAAGACAUUUGAGGUCUGCAUUAGUGCAUUGGCAUUCACUUUGUGUUGGAAUUCUAUUUACUAAUGUCAGAACUUGAUUUGCUCUUGGUUUCUCUUGAUUGUACCUUAAUAAACUAAAUGAUAUUCA